AUGCUCGCUUCGCAACUUUCCCCUCCCCCACCUUUCCUGUUUACCAAGCCCUCUCUUCCCAACAAGAGUGCUGCGGUCCGGCCUAGACUACUGAGCACGCUGGAAGGUAACUUUAGUGACUGAAACAAUGACCUUGACUAAUACGGAGUUCGAAGAUCAAAUUAUCCCUGACGACUGAGGCAUUAGUGCGAUUUAGCCACCUAGAGGCAAAGCCUUUUGGAUGUUCACUCAUUCUCCAUAAUUAAAGUCAGAAACACGAAUAUUUGCCUUAACUCACUUGUGUAUUUAUGGGGUAGUAUUAUGCGGAGCACACUGUAAACAGUAAAAUCAAAAACAUUCCUAAUCAAAGCACGUAAAAUAAGAUCUUCAAUACAUGAAGUCCGCGUUCCUCCAGGUCAGCAAAUGUAAGACUUGUACCUAUUUGAAAUACGUCUCAGUGUAUUGUGUCAAGGAUCGGAUGCCGUAAGUCCAGCUCAAGAACAACUGGAAGCACGGCUUCAUCUUCUGCCUCUCCGAAUGACCGGUUACUCGAUAAGCGACCGCAAGUGAAAAGUGAGCAACCACAUGUCGUCGGAUUUCUUGCAAACGACGAGGACUGAUCGUUCUGUUUGAAAUCAAGAUAGGCAGCAGUGGGUUUCCAGCAAUUCCGGUUGGCAUCUCCGGGACCUCCGAAAACCGAUGGUCUGGCUAUCACUUCCUUCGGGGUUAUGUCAAUAAUUUCCCGAUGCUCUGGUGUGUGGAAGGCGAACUGCUGAUUAUGUGUCAUCAUAUUCACUGGCAACACAGUCAGUGACCUAAGGUUCUUCAGGAGGUAGGUACACUGCUUCGACGGUUCGUCAUCGACAGAGAUCGGUUGUUGGGAGACUUCGCCAGACUUCGGAACAGGGGGUGGAAGGGGCCUCCCCAGACUAGGCGGCUUGAGUUCCCUUACGCCUUUAGAAUUCACUUUCUAAAAUGUUUUUAAGAGAAGGAGGUUUGCGCCAGAUCUUCAUCGGUAGAAGAAUACUGUUUCCUAAAGCAGUUUCGGAAUAAGAACUGAGUACUGUAGCUUGUGACCUUGUAACUAAAAGCAAGGGUUUACUGUGCUUAUAAUCCCGAUGAUGAUGAUGAUGACGACGACGACAACGACGACGAUGAUGAUGAUGAUGCUGCUGCUGCUGCUGCUGUUGCUGCUGCUGCUGCUGCUGCUGCUGCUGCUGAUGAUGAUGAUGAUGAUGAUGAUGAUGAUGAUGAUGAUGAUGAUGAUGAUGAUGAUGAUGAUGAUGAUGAUGAUGAUGAUGAUGAUGGCGGCGGCGGCGGCGGCGGCGGCGGCGGCGGCGAUGGUGACGGCAUACUAAUAGCACUUUAG